AUGGCCAGCGAAAUGAAUGCUGAUCUCGAAUCCGCAGUCGUCCGACAGUUUUCAUCAGUCGAUAAAUUAGCUUGGCUCCCUGUAGCCUUCCUCCUUGCGGCAUCUGGAAAAAAUCUCUUCUGGAGGCAAAUUGUGUCGCCAAUGGCCGCCGUUGCAUCAUCGCUCCUCAUGGCCUUAUUCAUGAAACGGGAGAAGCUGAAGCUUUGA